CCCUCCCCCCCCACCCCCCGCCAUCGACCUACGAAUUCCUCGGUUGCUCCUCACGACUUCUUCCUCUAAACCUUAGCUCUUCCACGGCCGACUCUGUUCCUUCCCUCCAUCGAGAAAGCACCAGCAAUGGCAGCUAAGAGGCUUCGUGAUGACCCUGACAAAGAGUCUGAACCAUCGGAGGAGAAACAGAUGCGACGCCUGCCUUCAUUCUCGACGGUCAUCAAAGAGGCGAUGAUGGCGAAAUCCCUGAACAACUUCUUCUUCGCAUUGGAGCCGCUGCUUCGCAGAGUGGUGAAAGAGGAGGUGGAGCGAGGAGUAAUCCACAGCAUGCGCUCGUUUCAGAGGUCCACCCCAAUGCAAAUCGAAGCAGCAGCAGAAUCAUCAAGCUUCAAGCUUACCUUCAACAAGCAGCUGUCACUUCCCAUAUUCACCGGCAGCAAAAUAGAUGACAUCGAGAGUAAGCCGCUCCAGAUCGUCGUCGUAGAUGUGCACACCGGCGAGGUCCCUUUGUCCACUCUGUCAUCCCCUCUCAAGGUAGAAGUAGUAGUCUUGGACGGAGAUUUCCCUUCGGGGGAUCAGGAGGACUGGACUGGCGCCGAGUUCCAGAACAACAUCGUGAAGGAAAGGACGGGGAAGAGGCCACUGCUCACAGGAGACGUCAACGUCACAUUGAGAGAUGGCGCUGCUUCCAUCUCCGACCUCUGCUUCACUGACAAUUCUAGUUGGAUAAGGAGUCGACACUUCAGGAUCGGUGCCAGAGUCGUUCCCGGGAGCCACAACGCGCCAAGAAUCAGAGAAGCCAUCACCGAGCCCUUCAUGGUCAAAGAUCACAGAGGAGAACUAUACAAGAAGCAUUACCCACCAGCUCUCGGCGAUGAGGUAUGGCGACUGGAGAGGAUUGGGAAGGACGGAGCGUUCCACAAAAAGCUGUCGGCUGUUAACAUCAACACGGUCCAAGACUUCCUGAAGCUGCUGGCCGUCGACCCUCAUCGCCUUCGCAGCAUACUGGGCGUGGGGAUGUCGGACCGGAUGUGGGAGGGAACGGUCGCUCACGCCAAGACAUGCGAGGUGGGCGACAAGCGUUACGUCCACCGAGCCCCGCAGUGUAGCCUUGUCUUCAACGCCGUGUGCGAAGUCGUGGAGAUCAUCUCCGACGACAUGACACUAACAUUGCAGAGCCUAAGCAAACCUCAGAGAGCCUAUGUGAACCUUCUGGUUCGCGAAGCACAUCAGAACUGGGAUAGUUUGGAAGAUGCUGAUGCAUUCUUCGACCAGAGCAUUGUUGCAGCGAAUGUGCAGAUGCAGCAAAGUGAGAUAGAGCCAUUUCCCUGGCAUGAAGUUGAAGAGAAUGCAAUAGAGUAUCAGCUGGAAGACUAUGAAAUCCCUGAUCCUGCUCAGCCUUCCUUUUGAGUAACACAAUAGGGUGUGAGCUGUGAUAUGUUGUUUUAUUAGGCACAAAUCAUCUGCCCUGAUUGCUUGUUUUGUGAACAUAGGAAAAUAAGCAAGCAGACACGAGGCUAUUCUUUUGUUCAUCAUCUUACUUUCUGUGUUACUUUGUCUUGGAAGAUUAGUUUGGGAGAGGAAGAUGGAGUAGAAUGAUGUCCUUUGCAAGCAUUUGGACACCCACUCCAUCCCAUAUGUCGAGUCCAAUUGUAAUUUGUUUCUGUGUUUUCCAUCAUCCUGUUGAAGGAAUAUUAGAAAGCUCUU